AUGCCUGUGUAUCCGCCCCGCGACGAGUACCGCCGUGUUCGCAAGAACGACGGCGAAAAGGAGAAGGGCCAGGGACCCGAAAACGAGAUCCGUGUCACGGCAAAGCACGGCCAGCGCAGCUAUAUCACCUACGCGAUUGCGCUCCUUCGCGGUGAGGAUGGCAAGACACAGCACGACACGAUCAAAAUCAGCGCCAUGGGUGCCGCCAUCCACAAUGCGGUGAACAUUGCGGAGAUUGUGAAGCGUCGUGUGGUCGGCCUGCACCAGACGACCGACAUCUCGUCGGAGGUCAUCCACGACGAGUACGAGGCGGUUGACGGAAAGAAGGAAAACAUGGAGGUGGAGCGCAAGGUGUCAACCAUCCUCGUCACGCUCUCCCUCAAGCCCCUCGACAAGAACCACGUUGGCUACCAGCCGCCUCUGCCGGAGUCGGA